AUGAAUAAGCACGGCUCUUCUAAUAAAGUCAAAAAAACAUUGGUCAGGAACUUUGAACAGAAAAAGGUUUCAGGACAUAAACAACUUGCAAAAUUGGACAUGGGUUGCUCGUCCAACUUAUCUCCUGCACAAUCUAGUUCCAAGCGACAGACCGGACUUAGCCAGCCAUCAUUAUGCUCCAGUGAGGCAUUUGCUCAUUAUAUAUCAGAUAUUAAACGGACAACACCAAGUCCAAACAUAGAUGAAGAAUUGAAACUUGAUAAAUGUCAAUUAGAAGCGAAAGUUACAAAAAAAUUGAACUUCCACUUCAAUGAUAGAAUAUACAAGAAUCUAAUCGAAUUGAAUGCUAGGGUGGAUGAAACAAAGAUCAAAAAAGACAAGAGACCAUCUAGUGCUAAUAUAAAAAGAGAUUUGGAACCGAAUAUAGAAGACUUUUGUUACGAUGAGAAAGAAUAUGAUAUGGUUCCUACAGUGCCAAUAAUACAAGUAAAAUUCAAGCCUGUUAAGAAAGUUGAUGAUGGACAGUUACAUAAAUUAGUUGCAUCAUUUGAAGAUUUAUGA